AGAGCCACCUUUUAUCUCUCCUUGCCUGCCUUUCAAGACGAAGUGCUUUUCAAUUUUUAUUUCUUUUGACCUCGGAAUACAACUAUUCUUUUGUAAUCUAGAGAGAGAAAGAGAGAGGCUUUUAGAAACAUGUAUGUGGGGCAACCUCCGUCAUCUGGGGCUUCGGAUUCUGGUGCCGGAGCAGCUGGUGAGUCCGGUAUGGUCAGAACUUACCAAACCUGGAAAGGCAGCAAUAUAUUUUUGCUUCAUGGAAGGCUUAUAUUUGGACCUGAUGUCAGAUCUCUCUUCUUUACCAUCUUCCUAAUAGUUGCUCCUGUUAUCAUCUUUUGUGUUUUUGUUGCAAGAAAGUUAAUGGAUGAUUUUCCUCACCACUUGGGAAUAUCAAUAAUGGUCCUAGUUGUUGCUUUCACAUUAUAUGAUUUAUUUUUUCUUCUACUAACCUCAGGAAGAGAUCCUGGUAUAAUAGCUCGUAAUGCUUACCCUCCUGAGCUAGAAGGUUAUGAAGGAAAUACUGAAGUGGGGCCUGGCCAAACUCCACAGUUACGGUUGCCUCGCACAAAGGAUGUGCUUGUUAAUGGAGUGGUUGUGAAGAUCAAGUACUGUGACACCUGCAUGCUUUAUAGACCUCCUCGCUGCUCUCACUGUUCUAUAUGCAAUAAUUGUGUGGAAAAAUUCGAUCAUCACUGCCCCUGGGUUGGCCAGUGUAUUGGAUUGCGUAAUUAUCGGUUCUUCUUUAUGUUUGUCUUCUCUACUACCAUUCUUUGCUUGUAUGUCCAUGCUUUUUGCUGGGUCUACAUCACAAAGAUUAUGAAUGGUGAAGGGAUAUCUUUAUGGAAAGCAAUGACAAAGACUCCUGCCUCCAUUGUGCUCUUAAUCUACACUUUCAUUUCAGUCUGGUUUGUUGGUGGUCUUACCAUCUUCCAUUCAUAUCUGAUCGGUACAAACCAGUCAACAUACGAGAACUUCAGAUAUCGGUAUGACAGACAUGUCAACCCUUACAACAAAGGGAUUAUCAAGAACUUCAAGGAGGUUUUCUUCACCAGCAUCCCCCCAUCUAAGAACAAUUUCAGGGCAAGAGUUUUGAAAGAGCCAGCAAUUCAAUCUAGAAAUGUGAGCGGUGGAUUUGUAAGUCCUAACAUUAGGAAACCUGUUACUGCUAGUGACAUAGAGAUGGGGAGGAAGCCAGUUUGGGAGGAAGGUGUAGAAGGAGACUCAGAUGAUAAUGGAAGAAGGGAUAACAUUGCUGGUGGUCUGCACAAGCUGGGUGGAUCUGCUGAUAUUUCCCCUGAUUUAAAUAGGAUCCUUCCCCCGGAUAGUAUUGAGGGGCGAAGCAUCUCACAUCCAAGGCGUUCGAGUUGGGGAAGGAAAAGCGGAAGCUGGGAAAUAUCACCAGAAUCUCUUGCUUCAGUAAUUGGAGAAUCAAAGCGGGCAACUGAUGGUCGCAAUGGCAACUUAACAGGCAAGACUCAACAAUCUCAGACAAAUUUCAAAAUGUAAAUAAACAGGGAAAAGAAAAAUGACACAAAAGAAAAGAAAAGAAAAGAAAAGAUUGAUGUGAGUUUAAAUUUGAGUUGAUUCGUUCUAGUACUCUCAGGUAGUUCGUGAUUGCUGAACUGUCUUGUACAUUGUCAAGAUUUUCUUUUCAUGGAAUGUGAGGUUUUGGGGGCCAUCUCAUAGUGCUUCCAAAACGUUGUGUGCCUCUAUCACUAUUA